GGAAGUUUUGAGGAAGGACCAAAAUCACAUGCAUAUUUUCUUCUGCAGAGCAGCAUUUGUCGCCUCCCAUUUCACCAUGUACUUUGUUUCUUUUUAUUAUUACUAAUAUCAGACAUUGUACCUGAAGCAUGGCCCUUCCCCCCUAAAAAUAUCACCAACCACUGACUCACACACCAACACUCCAAACCGACGACCAUAACACAAACUAACACCUAGAAAAUUAACAACUAAACAACCCAUCUUUUAGUCAGAAACCAUACCACCAAAUCCAACAUGCAAAACCUCAAUUUCCUCUGCCUAACCAUCAUUUCCAUUUCUCUGAUCCACAACUACAGCAUCCUAGUCCAAGCCCUGACCUCACCCUCAGACAUUGCAGCACUCAAAGCCUUCAAGGCCUCAAUCAAACCCUCCUCCAUCACACAAUGGUCAUGCCUCGCCUCAUGGAACUUUACAACCGACCCAUGCUCACUCCCUCGCCACACCUCCUUCAUUUGCGGCCUCACCUGCACCCAAGACUCCACAAGAAUAAACCAAAUCACUCUCGACCCAGCAGGGUACUCAGGCACACUCACCCCACUAAUCUCUCAACUCACACAACUCACCACACUAGACCUCGCUGAAAACAACUUGUUCGGCCCAAUCCCCUCUUCAAUCUCUUCACUCUCCAACCUCCAAACCUUAACCCUCCGAUCCAAUUCCUUCUCGGGCACAAUCCCUUCCUCCAUAACCACCUUCAAAUCACUCCAAUCUCUUGACCUCGCACACAAUUCCCUCUCUGGGUAUCUCCCCAACUCAAUGAACUCCCUCACCACACUCCGCAGACUCGAUCUCAGCUUCAACAGACUAACCGGUUCAAUCCCGAAGCUCCCACCCAACUUGCUCGAACUCGCGAUCAAGGCCAAUUCUCUAUCUGGGUCUCUCCAAAAACAAAGCUUUGAAGGGAUGAAGCAAUUGGAAGUGGUGGAGCUCAGCGAGAACGCGCUCACCGGAACCGUCGAGUCGUGGUUCUUCCUUUUGCCGUCGCUGCAGCAAGUGGACUUGGCCAACAACACCUUCACGGGGGUGCAGAUCUCGAGGCCACUCGAGGCGCGUGAGGGAAGCAGCAACAGCAACCUCGUCGCGCUCAACCUCGGGUUUAACAGAAUCCGAGGCUACGCGCCCGCGAAUCUCGGCGCGUAUCCCGCGCUGUCGUUCCUGUCGAUUCGCUACAACGCGCUGCGUGGCGCAAUCCCGCUGGAGUACGGGCAGAUCAAGUCCAUGAAGAGGCUGUUCCUCGACGGCAACUUUUUCGUCGGAAAGCCGCCAGCGGGGCUAAUGGAGGCCGGCACGGCGGUUUCCGGCAGCUUGGGGGACAAUUGUCUGCAGGCGUGUCCAGGGUCGUCGCAGCUGUGCUCGCCCGCACAGAAACCUAGCUCUGUUUGCAAGCAAGCCUACCGUGGUAGACCAACACCGUAAUCUGUUGUCGGUUAAAAUUAAAAAGAAAAAUAAAUUAUAAAUACUAGAUAGAUUUCUAUUCUAUUUUUUAAAAAGGUUCUUUGUAUGUAGAAGUGCGUUACUAUCUGAAUAAAAGACGAUGUCUGUGUAAAGUGUAAACUAUGGUCUAUGGUAAUGAAUGGUGUUUAUAUUUGUUCUUGUGAUGAUGA